CUUUCUUGGAAUGUUUUUUUUUUUCACUUGUGUAAAGAAACAACUAAACGAAAAACCAGAAUUGUAUCACCUUUACAAGGUACAUUUUCCAACAAAUCUAGGUAGUUAUGUUUAACUGGUCACGUAAGAAAUCCGGAUCGCUCAGAUGAGUCGAUAUGGACAAGUGACGAAUGUGCCAAAUACUACCUUUGCCUCGACGGAGAAGUGUUCGAGUUCCAUUGCUCGCAGGACUUGUUAUUCGAUGUCAACAGACAGCUUUGUGACAAACGACAGAAUGUACAUAACUGCGAGCUAACUACGGAGACCCUAGUCUCGAAGCCACUGCUGGACAUGGCUACUUGCGCCAACGACACGCACUUGGGCUGCGCAGACGGCACAUGCCUGCCGGCCGAGUACUUCUGUGACGGCUCUCUAGACUGCGAUGAUAUGUCCGAUGAAGGUUGGUGUGAUGUCCACUACGAUCCAAAUGCCGCAGAGCGGUGUGACCCAAAGCUGUGUCAAUUACCAGAUUGUUUCUGCUCCAAGAAUGGUACUGAGACACCUGGAAACCUUGUGCCAAGUCAGACUCCUCAAAUGAUAACCCUUACAAUCGACGGGCCCGUGAACCAUGAGAACUGGGAUGCGUAUGCCAACCAGCUGUUCACUGGAGACAGGAGGAACCCCAACGGGUGUCCCAUCAAGGCUACCUUCUUCGUCUCUCAUCAAUACACAAACUACAGGCACGUUCAGAAACUAUGGAACGAUGGACACGAGAUCGCUAUUAAUUCUAUCACCCUCCGAGGUCCCGAGGAAUGGUGGUCUAAAAACGCAACUGUUGAAGAUUGGUUCGACGAGAUGGUCGGCCAGGCUAACAUUAUCAAUCGGUUUGGGAGAGUGCGCAUGGAAGAUUUCAGGGGUAUGCGCGUUCCCUACCUCUCUGUUGGUUGGAACCGCCAGUUCCUGAUGAUGCAAGAGUUUGGCUUCGUGUACGACGCCACGGUGGUGGCUCCGUAUGUUGAUCCACCAUACUGGCCAUAUACUCUCGACUAUAAGAUGCCUCAUAGGUGCUCAGGAAACAACCAGUACUGCCCCACGAGGAGCUACGCGGGCCUGUGGGAGAUGGUGAUAAACCCGCUAAAGCACAACAACCACGUCUGCGCGACGCUGGAGUACUGCCCGUCUAACUUCACCAGAGACGACGUGUAUAGCGUGCUCCUCAACAACUUCAAGAGGCACUACUUGAAGAACCGGGCGCCUUUCGGGAUACACCUCAAUGCCGCAUGGUUGAAGAAUAACGAUUAUUUACUUGCUAUUAAGAGAUUUGUAAACGAGCUGCUAAAACUGCCUGAUGUAUACUUCGUGACGUACCGAGAAGUGAUAGACUGGAUACGUCGCCCGACGCCCGUGUUGCAGCUCCGAAAGUUCGAGCCUUGGCAGUGCAAGAGCCGUCGUUUUGAAGAGAGCGAAAUAGCGUGCCCUAAACCCAACACUUGCAAACUACCCUCUAAAGUACUACAGCACGAUAAAUACAUGAUCACCUGUUCUUCUUGUCCAAAGACUUAUCCCUGGUUACGAAAUGAGUUUGGGUUUGAAUGAAUGUUGCAUAGAUGUGAGAUAACUAAUGUAGUAAUAUGAACAAUUAGUUACCAUGAAUAAAUAAAAAUAAAAAGUUUUAAGCAUAGUGACAUUUAUAGUGCUAUAAGAAAAAAGU